AUGCUAGCUGCUAGGGCGACUGUUCGACGGGCUUCAAGGCUCUCGAGGACAUUUGCGAUAGCUGUUGAUGUUGGCGGCAUCAGAGUCGCUGCUGUCGACAAUGGUCAACCAACGUCAGCAGUGACUUUCCUCAUCAAAGCUGGAAGCCGCUAUGAACCUAAGCCUGGCCUCUCGAAUGUUCUCAAAAACUUCGCUUUCAAGGGGACCUCAAAGAGGUCGGCAUUAGGGACAGUUCGAGAGGCAGAGUUAGUUGGUGGUGUACUGUCUUCAAGGUUGACCAGAGAGCACCUCGCAUUGACUGCAGAAUUCCUUCGUGGAGACGAAGCACUUUUCGUCGACGUCCUCUCCUCCGUUCUUUCUUCCUCGAAGUUCUCGCCUUGGGAGCUCUCCGAGUCAGUACUACCAACCGUCGAGGCGGAAACGCAUGCUGCAUCUCAGGAUUCGGCCACGGUAGCACUUGAGCUGGCUCAUGCUGUCGCAUUCCACUCCGGACUCGGCUCAUCCGUUUUUGCUCCGUCCCAUCCUUCGGUAUCCCUCGAGGAUAUCAAGACGUUCGCCGGCCAUGUCUUUGCAAAGAAUAAUCUCGCUAUCCUUGGUACAGGUGUUGACCAGGAGACACUUUCAAAACUCGUCGAGAGGAGCUUGAACGUGUCAUCCAGUGGCUCCCCCGUUUCAUCUGCUUCCUCCCAGUACUUUGGUGGUGAGACGCGUCAAACCCUUCAUGGUGCCCCACAAACAGUGUUUGUCGGAUUCGGAACUGCUGGUGCGGCUUCGCCUGAGCUGGCUGUACUUGCAGCGCGUCUUUCAACCACACCGUCUGUGAAAUGGUCAAAGAGCCUCUCACCUCUUGCUUCCGUCAUUCCUACUGGGACCACGGUGCAACCAGUCCUUCUCCCGUAUUCUGACGCAACACUUUUCGGUCUACUUGCUCAGGGAGAGAGCGCAUCCGCUGUUAAGGACGCUGUAGCAGCAUCUGUCAAGGUCCUCAAAGACAGUGGGUCCGUUAAACCCGAGGAGCUCAAGGCGGCAAUUGCCAAAGCCAAAUUCACGGCUGCCAGCGCCAUCGAGAGCCGCGAUGGUUUCUUCUCCACGUUCGGUCCGAAGUUGCUCUCGGGAUCCGAGGCUUCACUGACCACUUUGUAUUCCUCCCUGGAUGGUGUAACGGCGGCCAACUUUAACAAAGCCACUGCUAACCUCCUGAAAACGACGCCAACAUUUAUCGCCGUUGGCGAUAUAAACGCCCUUCCUUACAAGAACGAUGUUGGUCUUUAA